AAUGUUUGUUUCUUAUUUUUAUUUUCAAAUUAAAUAAAAAGUGAUUAUAGAGAACUUGAAAUAUAUAUUACAUCGCUUUUAUAAUUAAGCACAUUACUAAGUGUCUUUUAGAGUGCAAAGCAAUGUAAAUAAUGGAGUGUAGUCCAUUUACGUAAUGCUAUCUAUUCAUUAAUGUAAAUAACAUUAAAUUAUUCGUGAAAAAUGUCAACUUUAGGCCGACGUGUAUUUUGUUGUUUAUUAGCUUUGUGGUGGGAGAACAGUGAAAUCUUUUCUGUAGCGCGCGAACCAUGAGCCAGUAUACGCUUUCUAAUCGCUAAAGACGGACAUAAAAUAAAAUAUUGCUGUGUAAACAGUAAAAAUGUCGUACGAAAAUUUGUUGUCGGUUUUAUCUGCUCACGGUCAAGAGCAGCUUAUCAAAUACUGGCCGGAACUUAGUGAGAAAGAGCGGGAACAAUUGUCAAGUGAAAUCUUAAAAUUGGAUUUCGCAGAAGUAAACGAAAUAUUUCGUCGGGCCAAUGAAACAUCGAAGGUGAUUUUAGAAAAGUCAGACAGUGAUUUGAAACCGAUACCACAGACUCAUUAUGAGUCGGUUCCAAAUUUGAAUUCUGAAAAAAUUGAGGAAUACGAAAAUACUGGCUUGAAAGAAAUUUCGGAGGGGAGAGUCGGCGUUUUGUUAUUAGCAGGCGGGCAAGCGACUAGGCUAGGAUUUGGACAUCCGAAAGGCAUGUAUGAUGUCGGUUUACCGUCUCAUAAGACUCUAUUCCAAAUUCAAGCUGAACGGAUUGUCCGAAUCCAACAAAUGGCUACCGAAAAAUAUGGCAAGGAAGGUAAAAUUACUUGGUACAUAAUGACUUCUGAGCAUACCAUGGCCCCAACAGCAGAGUUCUUCAGGAACCACUCCUUUUUUGGUCUUAAUGAGGAGGACAUUAUUUUCUUCAAGCAAGGUACGUUCCCAUGUUACGAUUUUGAUGGAAAAGUAAUUUUAGACCAGAAAUACCAUAUUAAUACAGCUCCUGAUGGCAAUGGUGGCUUGUAUAGGGCUUUAAAAGCUGAAGGAGUGCUGGAAGACAUUGCGAAGCGAGGUGUUAAACACUUGCAUGCACAUUCUGUAGACAAUAUUUUGAUUAAAGUUGCAGAUCCAGUUUUUAUUGGGUACUGCAGUAGUAAAAAUGCAGACUGUGCUGCGAAAGUUGUGAGGAAAUCGUUUCCUAAUGAAGCUGUUGGUGUUGUAUGUCGUGUGAACGGACACUACAAAGUGGUGGAAUACUCCGAGCUGACCACUGAAGCGUCAGAACGGAGAGAACCUGACGGUAGACUGACAUUUUCUGCUGGCAAUAUUUGCAAUCACUAUUUUUCAUCUGAAUUUCUAACAAAAAUAUGCAACUAUGAAUCAAAGUUGAAGCUUCACUUAGCUAAGAAGAAGAUCCCAUAUGUAGACAGCAACGGAGUACGACAGAAACCAUCAGAGCCAAAUGGGAUUAAGAUUGAGAAGUUUAUAUUUGAUGUGUUUGAAUUCGCCGAAAACUUCAUUUGUUUAGAAGUGGCGAGAGAUGUUGAGUUCUCAGCAUUGAAAAAUGCAGACACAGUGAAGAAAGACUGUCCAUCCACAGCUCGGGAAGACCUGCUCCGUCUUCAUCGAAAGUAUAUACGGCAAGCUGGUGGCAUUAUCGAAGAUGACGUUGAUGUUGAAAUUUCUCCGUUAUUAUCAUAUGGUGGUGAAAAUAUUGAGGAUCUGGUGAAGGAUGAGGUAUUCACAAUUUCCCCAUUCCAUUUGAAAAGUUACCAGGAAACUAGCAGUAAUGGCCUGAAUGGUAAUCACUGAUUUUUUUUCUUUUAUAAUGUAUUUGGUUGGCUGACUUUUGAGCCUUUAAGAAUGUUGUCUAUGCAUAAUUUCAUUAAUAAAAAAUAAAAUAAAAAGUAAGGUGCAACUAAGACAUAGGAAUGCACUUUAUUUUUUUAAAUCCAUAAAAAUUAUCUAAAAAUUGUAUCAUACAGAUGUUUAAAUGGACUCCUAAGAUAGUUAAAGAUAUUAUUUAUGAGAAAUGAAACUUUAAUAUAGUGAAUAUAAAAAAAAAGCCAGAGCAAAUGUAAAUUUUUGUGAAAAAAAAACACCAGUUUAUCUAUUCUAAUUUUGAGUAUUAAUUUUAUCCUCUUAUUUUUUUUUUUUAGUAAUAGAGUAACAUUCAUGCAUAGACAACAUUCUUGUUCUAUGCAUAAUUUUAUUACAAAAAUAAAAUAUGCUCUAUGCAUUUAAGGGUGUAGGUAUACUAUGUGUCAAAUACACCAAGGUCACAAUCAAAUACACUGUAUUUGUGUUAUCACAAUUAUCUUAUUAAGAGAUAAUUUGUAUUCUGUACAUAUUAUUGUAUAUUAUAUAGAUCAUAUGUAUUGUUUGUGUAUGUGUGUGUGUAAUAUAUAGUCUAUCUGUCUGUGUGUACAAAGGAACCACAUUUCUAAUUAAAACUUUAUAAUGAAUUAUUGGCAAAGGAAGAAAGUUUUUUUUUUUGUAAAUGUCAAAUUUAUUCUGGUCAUAUAUCUUCACUGCCAGUUCAAACAAUGUUAUUUAUAAAUUUAAAAUAUAUUAUUUACUUUUAUUUACACGUUUUCGUUGUUACAAACAAUUAUAUUAUUUUAAUUUGUCUAUGAAUGAAUAAAUUUUGUGGACCAUAAAUAUUUCGAUACUACUUUUUAAAAAAAAAAUUAAUAUCUCCAUUUAGCAAAUAAUAUAUAUCUUAGAUAUUUCUUAAAUGUAAUUAUAUCGCAAGAAUGUUAAUGACCUCACAUUAUUUUUUAAAAAUAAAGUGAAGGCCCUAUUGAAAAAAAAAACAGGACUUUUUUAUGAUCUCGUAAAUUUGACAUAUGGUAUUUUUAAAAUGUUUGAAAAUGGAACGCAGGGCAAUGGCGGGUCAUUAGUGAAAGAUGACAGGUAAAGAUGAAGUCCGGUCAGUCAACCGAUCGUAAUGAAUCAUCAAGGAAAUGACCACGAAGAGGUGAUGAUAAUGAUGUCAACUCCAUAGUACUAUAAUGGUAGUCAUUAAUUUCCAUUGCUAACAAUCCAUCCCCUUUUUUAUAUAAUAUUAUGAUUUUUUUAGUUCAUAAAUGUGACAAAUUAAUAAGAUAGUUAAUAGUUCGGUCACGAAUUCAAAGGAUCGAUUCUCUAUAACUGUAAACACUAAGUAGAUGCGCUUAUUUCCAAAAUGCAGCGCCAUUAGCGUCCAAGUGGCCAAAUAGACGGAACUAAUCUAUCUAUUUAUAAAAAUAGAAAUAAAUACCAGAGGGAGACUUUGUACAAAAGUCGAUUGCUUGGGUACCUCUGUCCAAUUCCUGUUUCAACCGUAAAGCAGUUGUGUUUGCAUGGCUGUGUUUUGGUUUGAAGGGUGGGAUAUAGCGUGAAUUUACUGAGUACAGAGGAAUAACACCUGAGUCCUCAGGAAUAGCAACGCAUGGGGGAUGAUACCCCCCAAGCUUUGCUAUGGGUGAAACAGUAUGCUCUGUUAUGUCCAUGGUACUGCUCAUGUCUAUAGGCGACGGUUACCACUUUCCAUCAGGUGGGCCGUCAACUUGUUUGCCAUUCUAAGUUGUAUAAAAAAAACUGCACAAAUCGAGAACUACUAGGCCGAUUCGACUAAUUUUCUUUUCCAAUAUUCAUUGAAGUCUAAAAAAGUUCUUAUGAAGGUUCUAAGGUUCUAAUAUAUACGUAUAUCAUCAUCAUACCAGCCUUUAAUUGUCCACUGCUGGACUUGGACGGGUUUGCCAGUAGUUGCCACGCGGAUUGGCAACCGCUGUUAGGCUUUGGAGAUGUUUUAAAAGAGACGCCGUUGCCCAUCCUUCGCCCUCCAUUUGUCGCCUAAACCAAAAGCCAUCAAUAUAUUGUAAAACACAUUCUGUUAAAAUAUUAUUUUGUUUCAAUAGAAUUUAAUGAAAAGGUAACCAAGCUAUGUUGUAAUAACCACAGGAACACUCUCACAAUGGUUUAGUAAUCAAUCGAAACGUCCAAUCGAUUGAUUGAUGUUCGAUUUGUGCUACUGAUGGACAUCAGCAGACUGUCGCAUGAUCGAGGCGAGUGUUUGUUUGUUUACUUUUUGAUUAGUUUGUAUUGAAACAUUGUAUGUAUGAAAAUUUUAAUGUAAAAGACUAAGAAAUUUUUGUUACAAAAAAAAAUUGUAAAGCAAUAUUUUUAAAAAAACUUUCUGUUUAAAUUGUUAUUAUUGUGCCGACUGUAUUGAGAAAUAUAUAUUUUUAUUCGAGUAAAGUUAAAUUUAAGCAUAAGCAUUUUUGAAUAGUCAUUUUUCUAGAUUCUAAUGUUCUACUAGAAGUAGUAUUAAUUUGUCCACAAUUAGAAAGGCAAAGGAACGAAGCUGUACAGUUCGAUCUUCAGUUAUAACAUUAUUUUAAAAUUAUCUUAACAGUUAUUUACUCUGUAACGAUGAAAAAGUAAACUACUUGUAAUUUAGCCACCAUCAAGUAAGGUCCAUGCUUGUUUGUCCCUCUAUGUUAUAAAAAAAAACCUAUGUACACCUACUCUGUGGUCGACUGUUUAGUAAUAUCGUAGAACUGGCAUUUAGAAAUAUAUAAAUAGUUAUAUAGUAACAAGUCGGAAUUGUUACUGUACAUAAAACUAAUAAUCUAUCCAUGCUAUAGAACGUAUUCGGACAGAAAUAUCGGGAAUUUAAAAUUGAAAAACGAAAAAAUUGUUUUCUAUACUAAUUCGACAACUGGCCGCGCCGUGUCAGUAUGGGAGACUAAGAACAAGGAAUUACAUAGAAGGAAUUAAUAUAAAAUGUUAUACGGUCGUAUAACCCUACCAAAAUCAACAACCUGCUUGCGUACUUUCUACAUAAACUGUGUCGAAUAUAUAAUCUAGUAAUGUAAAAUUUGUCAUUGACAGAUAAUUGGCAUAUUAAACAUUUUCUAUACACUAGCCGGCUAUGAAUUGAGAAAAAUAGCAACUGAUGGUGUAUCUUUCGUUCUCUUUUUACUAAGUAUAUUUGCAUAAGAAGAAAGGAGGCAACCGUAUUAUUUACAGUCUUUAUUUUAUCAUUUCUUCCAUGUAAUUCCUUGUUCUUAGGGGAGACUCGAAAUGCCAUCUCUUAGUAUAACGUUUCUUGCCCCAUGUUCCUUCGGUGAAAUGUUCAAUUGUAAAACACUGUCUUCAAAGGGUGCUUACCGUUUGCAUUUAAUCCUUUAUAGUGAGAUACUACUUAAUACAAUGUUUUGGCAAAUUAUACAAUUUAGAAUAAGAUUUGUUUUUUUGUAAAAGAAGUUGAAAUUGAUCGUUAAAAAUUUAUAUAAAAAAAAGUCGAUAAAAGGAAUUUGUUCUCUGUAACAUAAAAAGUACAUUCCAGAAAAUGUAUUUAUUUUUAAAUUAUUAACAAAAAAGGAGGGAAAGUUGAGCAAUUAGAUUGCAUUUUUUACUUUUAAUUUUUGUACGUUUAAAAACUUUAUCUAUGUUACACGAUUUGUAAUUGUCAUUCAUUAAUUGUGAAUUGGAUUUUGUUAAUUUUUAAAUGAUAUUUAUUAUUGUCGAGUUAAUUUAUUUAUCUAGAUUCUAAUUAUGUAAAAAAUUUAAGUAUUCGUUCUUUUUUUUUUAAUAAUGAAAUGCCUAUGUAAUUUGUUUAUGACCACUGACAAUUUAAAUUUUAAAUAAUGUAUUUCGAAUGUAUAUUUUGCAAAUGAAAUUUUAUUCAAUGACAAACUUGUUUAUACUGGUAAUGUCAAAUAAUUAUUGAAUUUAAAAUAUAAGAAAUUUUAUGUUACUAAAGUAUCUAAAUAGCAGCUAUUAGUUAUAUUUCACCAUUUCUAUUCUGUGACUUUUCCCGCCUGUUUUUUUUUUAUAUAGAAAGACUUUUAAUAACUUAUUACAUUGCCAAUCGACUAAAUCGAAUAUAACAAGUAUUUUAUAAUGUCAUAUUGUUUAACCUCCGAUAGAAAUGGGACUCAAAGAUUUGUUUGUUUUGUACUUAAUGGAUAAACUCAAAAACUACUCGACCAAUUUUAAAAAUUCUUUCACCUGUAGAAAGGUACAUUAGCAAUGAGUAACAUGGGCUAUAUAUAUUAUUUUUGGAAUUUAAAAAUCCUAUAAAUAUGGUUUUGCUAGUAGUUGCCACGCUUGGUAUGCGGGUUACCAAUCGCAAUUAGGCCUUGGUGAUGUUUAAAGAGGGGCGCUGCUGUGUUUAUAAUGGAUGAUAAUGGAAAAAAAGGGUAUAUUGUUAGCAAUGGGAGUCGUAAUCCGCAUUACUAACAAUCCCUUACCCCCCGAGGGGUGCUACUGACCAUCCUCCGUCCGUUAAGUUUUCUUAGUCGCCUCUUACGACACUUCGACAAGGAAAGGGUGGCCCAUUCUAUACCGGAACUACACGACGAUUUUAAUUUUUAACACAUUUUUAUUUUAUAAAAUGUUAAUAAAACACAUUAAGAUACGCAAUUCGGUAAAAUCACACCCAUUAGCAAAUAUGUCCGCCAUAUUUGAUCGUAUUAUAAUAUCGGUUGUAUUAAUUACCUCAACUAUCAAGUUUUUAACUGCGUUCCUUACCUUAGAUGGAGGAAUUCCAUUAUAUGAGUACUAUAAUGGCGUAUAGACAAAGCAACAUUCUUUAUCUAGAUUCCGAUUUUGUAAAAUUUUUAAACGUUUGUUCUUUUUUUAAAAAACAACUAGAUACUAAUACAUGUAGUACUUAUGUAAUUUGUCUAUGGUAAUUGACAAUAUAAAUAUUGUAUUUCGAACGUAACGUCUUUAAAAACUCGCAUCGAUGCUAAUGCAGACCAGGCAGAGUUACUGGCCACUAGUUCCCAUUAUUAUAUCUGCGGUAUAAAAAAAUUUAUGUUUAAAAUCAUUAUUCAUCCCUCACUGAUGAUAAAAAAAUAAAAAUUGUUAUUAGUUUUUAAUUUGUAAAUCAUGACAUGUCGUUAUCAUAUUACACGAUAAUAAUAUAAUAAAACAAUGAUAAAUUAUACUUAGAUAUAUAUCUAUUGUGACAAAGUAGGGUUCCGCGUACUGUAUUACGUAUAGAUUACGCUGUAAUCAAAUUAAUUACAUAUAAAUCGAUUAUUUUCGAAUACACCGCGUACGUAAUUUAAUGAUAACAAUAUUUACCCGCGACUUUGUCCGCGUGACCGAGAUAUGAAGUAGCCUGUAUGCUUCUCCAUCCAAAAUAGUAUCUACUUACGUCAAAUGGCUGUAAAAGCAAAUAAUUGGAGAUUUUUUUAACAUUAUUGUUGUUAAAAAAAAAGCUUUUACUUUAAUCAGAGGUUUUUUUCGACUCUACUAUAGGUAGGUACAUAACGAAAAUUGGUUUUCUAAUUUGUUUUUUUUUUUCUAGCGACCCGCCCCGGCUUCGCACGGGUGUACAUUACAUCACAUCACAUUAGAAACCUCUAAAAUUAUCAGUGUUCCUCUACAAUAUUAUAUAUAUAUUAUACAUAUAAAUAUAUGAAUCACUCUAUCUAUUAAAAAAACCGCUUCAAAAUCCGUUGCGUAGUUUUAAAGAUUUAAGCGUAUAUAGGGAUGGACAGACAGCGACAGCGACUUUGUUUUAUACUAUUUCGCUAUAUUAUUAUGUUGUAAAUAUGGUUAUUAUAUAUAUAUUAUACUAAAAUAUAUAAUUUUAGAUAUACAAAGCCAGUUCUACGAUCUAUGGUAAUCAAUAGCGUAUAACGAAAUGUACUUAAAAUAGUCAUUAAAAAAAAAUAAUAAAAAGAGAUUUUAUAUUUACGUUAGUUUUAUUAGAUACAUGAAUUAAUAAUAAAGAUUUUUAAAUAUUAAUUUACA